AUGCGGCGGACCCCCUCUCGCUCUUCCCUGUGCUAUGGCUAUGUGGGUAUCAUCAUGAGGCCCCUGAUAUGGUGUCUCCCCAUGGGAUUCCAGCGGGACAGACGUGCCUUGUUGUAUUUACUGCUGUCCUCUGCUGUCUCUCUGCUGUGCCUUAAUGUACAAGCAGCGAAUGCAAACAGCUAUUCUUCUUCUCUGGCGCAGUCGCUGCCCUACUCAUCCCCGCGCUUCACCUCUUUCAGCUCGCCCGUGGGCUCUGCUUUGCAAAGUGCUGAGCCCAAGAGCCCUCUGAGCUCUUCUGCACCUUAUUCAGAGACUACUAAGGGGCUGCUGAGUCUAAAUGCCUGUCUAUCCGAUGCGCAGUGCUGGGGCCGCGGGCGGCGGUGCAUUGAGGGCCGCUGCUGGGGCUUUGCAGGCCCCCGGCGAGUUGCGUUCGAAUGUGGGGUUGAGACCCUCUGCAGCUUGGGCCCCAUAGACGGGCACUUCUACGGGGAAGGCAGCACAGGCAGCAGGGGCCUCUUCAUGCUGCAGGCUAUUAGCGGGGACCCUUGGGACUGCGGCCUACCAAGGGCGCUCGCCCCACCACAGCAAACAGCCUGUGGAGACGGAGACGCCCAGGCUUGUGAGUUGUUGGCAGCUGGUCACCACGACCAGACCAGAGGUCACGAUGCUCGGAAGGAAGGAGAAACCCUCUCUUUGGGGAAGGCCGUGAGGUGUACAUACACCUCAGGAAUCGCCCCCCAGUCCAGCUGUACUGCCAGGCUGGGGCUUGUGCCCCCCGAACUUCCCGUUGGUCUCUACACUCUGUGCGGCUGCAGCAGCACCGAUUUGGAGGCCAAAAACAAACCCUGCAGCUCCCCCAUCGACUUUUCAGUGCCGAUUGGGACUCUCAAGAUUACUGGAUUUGAGACUCCGGCUGUUGUGCCUGCUGCUCCUCCAGCUGCUGCACGUGCUGUUACUGACUUCAAUGGUAUUGGCGCUGCUGCAGCGCCAGCAGCAGCUGCUGCUGAUGAACCCGCGGGCACAACGGCAGCAGCAGCAACAGAAGAAGCAGCAGAAGCAACAGACCCCGAAGCAAACAGGCUUGCAGGAGUUGUAGAAUCCGACACGAUCGAAGAGACAGAACCUCUCCAGGCCAUUCCCGCUCCUAACGGCCAGCAGCAACAGCUGCUAGUGCCCCGCUUCGUGUGCACCGUCGGCCUCCCGUGCGAGCUGCCCAGCAUCAAGGGGGGUCUGAUAUGCUGCAGCAGGUUGGUUGACGUUGAUUCUCAGGUUUCAACUCCUCUGCGCCUUCCUUGCAAAUCCAUCGCCGGCGGCAGUCGCUGCGUUGUCCGCGUCCGACCUGAGGACAUGAGGCCUUUGCUGCUCCCCAGCGCCGAAACUGCAGCACAAGCAACAACAACAACACGAACAGCAGGGGCAACGGGAGCCAAAGGAUCAACGGAAGCAGCGGCAGCAACAGGUUUCAGGGGAGAUGGGAAGGCCUCUGAGGCGAUUGCGACUCUGUGCGGGUGUCGGAGAGGCUUCACUCCCCUUCAGUGUUUGGGGGCCACCCCGGUCGGUUUGCUUCAGCUUCGCGCUGGCGCUGGGCACGAGCAGCAACAAAAACGUUCAGAGUCCGACCAACCUGGACAGCCUCAGAUGGUUUCGUACGAACAAGAUCUCCAGCCGCACCAGCGGCCGCAGCAGCAGGACGAGCAGCAGGAAGAGCAGCAGACGGAGAAGGUGAGGGAGGCGCAGAAUGAAGGGGAUUCGGCUCCGCAGCAGCAGCAGCAACAUGAACAGGAUUUAUCUAGUGCUGCUGUUCAGCAACGGCGGCUGCAGUUUAUCGAGGACCGCGCGGCGAAUCUGCCACGGGAGGAGGGGGAAGAGGCCCCUGAGGGAGGGGAGUGCCGUCAGCACAGCGACUGUCUGCGGGGCUUCGGCCAAUGCGUGGGCGGCCACUGCCACGGGUUCCUACCGGACCUGAAGGGGCAGCGGCUCAUUCGGUGUGUAGAGGGAUACCACUGUGACGCAGAGAAAGGGGACAUCCCCACUAUGGGAAACAAACAAAACUUCACCGUCAUCGCCAUCGGCCCACAAGAAGAAUGUGGAACUGCUGUCAACCUCAAACCCGACA